CUAUAUGCCUACAUUUCUAUCGACAUUCUGCCCGUCGUUACGCAAGCCACGUUGUGAUAAUUCGCUUAGGUUCCAAGCUUUUAAGAACUCUGGUCAGAUUUUUCCCAUAAUAGUGACAAGACUGGAUGAAUCAUUGCUGAGAGAUCGUCAAGUCGUGCAAUGACUACACAUCGUGCCAGGAGUUCCGAGGUGCGAAGAGCUUCACUGACCAGCAUACACUCAUCAGACUCUUCCUUCGUGGAAGAAAUCUUCGCCAACGACGACACGGAUGAGGACGACUACGAGGCAUCUGGAGACGGCAAGGAGAAGUCCAUUUUUACCGUAGGCAAUGGAUAUGGCCUGUCCGACGAAGAGAGAAAUAACUUGGCCUCGAGACCGUCACAAGGCUACAGAGAUGACAGACGAGCACUGAAUAAUCUGGGGCGAAGAGUCUCCUUCCGGGGUCAACUUCGAAAGUUCUUCAUUCGAAACCCAAACACGCGUUUGACCUGCAGUUUUCUUGACCUCGCUGUUCGCCUUGUGUUGUGUGUGAACUACGUCACCAGAGUGUGUUUGGAUGACGUCAGCCAAUACGAAUGUUAUGGAUCUUCCUGUGGUCAAGUUGGCAACACGUCGACUAAUGAAAGAGAGGCUCUAUUCGCUAAGACUGACAUCAACUGGUAUGUUUUACUUUGGGUCCAUCGGACUUUGGCCAUUAGGAUCUUAGAAAUAUCAUUGACACUAAUUUGUCUUUUUAAAGCUUUCUUGUUGAUCGCUAUUUCCAGAAGAGGUCAUCGAUUGGAACAAAUUCUAACACUCAAUUUUGUUUUGGAACUCUUCUGCGAUUUGCCAAUAUUAGUCAUAAUAGUGUAUCCAGUACUUCUGAAAGACCUUUUUGUUCCUGGUUAUUUGCAUUGCUGGCUAGGAGCAAGAUCACUCAAAAAAAUCUAUAAUGAUCUCCACCUAACAAACAGAAGAUACCAAACUAUCUCAGUGACUUUACUCCAGCAGAUGGUGCUACUGUUUGUCAACAUCACUUGUCUUUUAUUUACCACUAUCUGCACAAUUCAACACAUUCAGAGAGGAAGCAGCAGCGCAAACUUCACAAUUUUUGAGUCUUUUUAUUUUGUUGUUGUCACAUUCUCCACUGUUGGCUAUGGAGACUUUUCCCCUGACACUUGGCUGGGUCGACUCUUUAUGAUUCUAACCAUUGCCCUGGCUUUUGUUUUUAUACCUAGCCAGAUUCAAGGAAUCUUAACCACAUACAUGGAAAGAGUUAACUGUGGUGGAGACUACAGCCUGGGUCUAUCUAAGAACAAGAAGCAUGUGAUUGUCUGUACUACAACAUUAACCCUUGACAGUCUCAUAGACUUCCUGAAUGAGUUUUAUGGUAAUCCUAACUUAGAGAAUCGUGAUGUAAUUUUGCUGUGUCCCCAUGAGUUGGACAGCAGUAAGCAAGUCAUUUUGAAAGAUCCCAAGUGGUCUAAUAGAGUCAUGUACAUCAAGGGGUCAGCAUUGAAAGAUGUGGACCUGAUGCGUUGUCGAGCUGAUGAAGCUUUUGCUUGCUUCUUUUUGGCUGUUCGUCCAACACAAGACAAAGCGCAGGCUGAUCGGCAUACCAUUUUAAGAUCCUGGGCUGUGAAAGACUUUGCACCAGACUGUCGCCAGUAUGUUUACCUGUUUCAUGCUGCCAAUAAAAUACAUCUGAAGUUUGUUGAUCAUAUUGUGUGUGAAGAUGAGUUCAGCUUUGCCUUAUUAGCCAACAACUGUCUGUAUCCUGGACUGUCCACACUUGUAUCAUUGCUGGUACACUCUCAGCAUGACUAUGCCACACCAGGUGAGCCAUGGCAGCAGACGUAUGGAAGGCAUGCUGUGAAUGAAAUUCAUCACAUACAGCUGCAAAAAAGUAUUUUCUUUGGUAACUAUGUGGGCUACACCUUCCCACAAGCCUCAGCUGAUGCUCAUCAAAGAUUUGGUGUUGCUCUAUUGGGAGUCAUGGACUCUGCAGCGUCACCACCACACAUUCAGCUGAACCCAGGAGCUUACUACAAGCUUAAGGCUUUGGACAUUUGUUUCUACAUGAGUGUGACAAGGGAACAGCACUCUAACUUAUCAAGGAAACUUUUGGCAAAUUCAGUUUUGAAAACCAAUCCAGUCUUCAAAGGUCAAAUGAGUGAAAAACCCUUUAAAAAAACAGCUGGGUCUGAGCAGGCCCAAAAUGUAUUUGACACCAUCACAAGACAUAUUCAGACAAGUUCUUAUAGCUCCACUUCAGUCUGCAGACUGGAGAACUUACAUUCUCUCAUGGGGGAACCCAAUCCUGAUGACUCCAGAUCUUCUGACCAAACAGAAAGCAGCUCAGGCCAGGCCAGUAAGACUGAUAUGUAUCUGCGAUAUAACAGCAACAGCAGCAACGCUCCUCUUUUGAGCAGCAGCAGCAGGGAAGAAGAGGACAUCAAAGAACUGGACACAUCCUCAGGCUAUGAGAACAUUAAUGCCAUUCCUUUCCCAAAAGUGAGUGGCAGACUUGAGGCUGGAAAUUUAUUUCAGUUUGAUGAACAGUUGGAUCAGCACAGAUUAACCAUUGACAUCCCCCCGGUGACAAUGUCAUCAGGUUUUGGCAAAACAAACUGUCACAUCAGGCUAGAACCAAGAUCUUUGUGCUGCUUAGAAUGGGGAAAGGACUGUCCACAUUGUGCUUACAAGAAUGCCACCAGGUGGCAGAACCAGUUAGUUAUACUCUUGGCAGAACAUGCAUCGGGAGGAAUAUUCAACUUUAUCAUUCCAUUGAGAUCUGCUUCCAUUGACCCACAUGCUCUUAGCCCAAUAGUUCUUUUUCUUGAAGACCAGCCCGAUGCUUUGUUCUUGGAUACAUUAGCUCAUUUCCCAUUGGUUUAUUACAUGACUGGAAGUAUUUGGAGUGUGGAUGAUCUCCUAGUGGCAGGAAUCACACAAGCCAGUCACCUAGUGGUUGUCAAAAGAAAUCCUGACUCUAAUUAUGAAGGGGAAGAGUUUCUAGAGGAUUCCUCCACCAUUGUUGCUGUCCAGAAAAUUGUUAGACUCUUCCCAAGUGUAACAGUAUUGACAGAGUUGAGUCAGGCGUCAAACAUGAAGUUCAUGGACAUCUCAGGGCUGACUUUGGCUUCUAAAAAUCUGAGGCACAAAUCCACCUCAGGGUCACAUUUGGAUGAAAUUUUUCGCUUACCGUUUGCUGCGGGUCACGUCUUUUCAGCCAGCAUGUUGGACACUCUGUUGUAUCAGACAUUCACAAAAAGCUAUCUCAUCUCUUUUAUUCGACUUUUGCUGGGCAUUGAUGGAGAACAAGGUUCUGGACAUUUGUCAAGUAUUCUAGUGAAGAAAUCUACUGUUAGGAAGUACAUGGUGUAUGGUCACCUGUAUGAAGCUCUGUGUCGACAGACAGGCGAAGUACCAUUUGCUAUCUACAGGACCCAGUCAGUGGACAAUGCAGAGGUACAUGCUUCAAGUUCUUCUGGACAUAAAGCUGACCACAACACUGAAACACCAAUUUCAAUUGUCAAGACCAAAAAAACGUCCAGUACUUGGGUAGAAAAGCAACAUAGACGUCGUAAAUCCUCAGCACCAUGUCCUCCACAAGUAGUGGACUUCAACAAAAUGAUUCUGAAACGAGCUCAGUCUCUUUCCUUGGCAUUUCACAAUGAAAACAGGCUGAAGGCUGCUCCGUCAUCACUGGCCUAUGUCAUCACCAACCCAGCAUUCAACUGUAAACUCCUUGCUGGGGACAUUGUUUAUGUCCUUCAACCAGCAUCAAUGUGUGCGACUCCAAGUGGUCUCUCCAGUGUCUACAAGCAUUGGAGCAGAAAACAAGGUGACAAGAUGGAGAAGGGUCAGUCCACUCCUAAAAGCAGCAGACUCUAAUGAAUACACAGGUGUUUGUGUACAACUUGUUGAAGUUUUCACUCACAUCUGAUCUACUUUAGUCUCAUGAUGGGCAGCAAAAACAUAAGCCUUUAACUGACUGAGUCAAGUCUUAGGCCAUGAAUAGUUUCAUGUAGUGUGAGUGUCAUCAUCAUGUUCAAGGUUAAAAUAUGGACAGCUGUCAAUAAACCCUCACCAGAGGUCAUCUGGCUAGAUAUAUUUUUUAUAGAGUAUAGGUACUUACAACUUGCAAUGUCCUAAUGAAAAGUUUUUAUAUAAAUAAUUUGGUAAAGCACUUUUUAAACACAGAUAAUAAAACACUUAUUAAAAACAGUUCUACUAACUGAUGCCAUUUCUUAAUGAUGCCAAUGUAAUGUUGAUUGUUGGGUAAUGCUCUUGUGGUUAAAGCUUUAGAAAAUAUGCAUUUAUCUUUUUGACAUUUUUUUAAAACUUGCAUUUACAAGUGUUAUUCUAGUUUUUUUUUUAACAUUUGACUUUUUAAAAAUAUUGUGUGUUAUCAUUUCCAUUGUAACACCAUAUUGUGUAUAAAACAUAUAUUUGAUGCCAUAUUGUGUUCAAAACAUAAAUUUGAUGCCAUAUUGUGUUCAAAACAUUGAAAGGCAUUUUUGUUAUAGAAGUCCUACAAACUUUUUUUUUUUGUAGUAUUCAGUACUGUGGAGUCUUUUUUCAUUCUGUAUGAUGAAGUACUUUCACAUAGAUUUUUACUGUUUUAUAUCAAAAGUAUUCAUGUUUUUGUCAUCUGUAUUUAUUAUUUAUAUCUACUUCCUCUUGUAUGUUUUGACAUUAACCCAUUUAUGCCGAGCGUUCCACAAAUGGAACACCGACCCCUUGGUACUUUUUUAUAUCCUACUGUUCAAGUCCACCUCGGGAAUGUGAUUUUUUAUUCAUGUAAGCUUUCAUGGGAUACCCCUCAUGCACAGUGCAUCACAACAUUGCAGAGAUUGGUGCCCAGCAGCCUUGUAAAAAAAGUCAUGAACUUUUUCUGAACAUUUUUAAAAACCUAUCUGAAGGCAAAUGAAUAUUAUAACUUUUCUGAACUAUGUCAAGUACUGACACAUUUUUUUGGUUCUAUUAUUUCUGUAAUACUGAUGCUAUUGUGCUGUGGAAAAAAAACUAUAAAAGUUGUAAUUGUUGUAUUAGUUAUAGGUUUCUAAUUUUGUAUGUUCCAUUUUUGGGACACUAGGCCAAUCCAGUACCAGUAUCACUAAUAAUAGCUAUUCCUGCCAUGAGACGUGAUCGCUUUGUAACCAUAGUUUCAAGCUUGUGUGAUACUGGAAAUUCUAAUUCAGAUCCCAUGGACAAGUUUUCCAGUCUAUGACCUCCCCUAAAAGAACUCAAUGAACUCAAUACAGAAAAUUUAUUUUAAGUAAAAUAUAUUACAUUUCAGCCUUGAUUAAAUCAUCCAUGGUACAUUAACUUGGUUGUCAUGGAUGCAUACAAUUUAUUUGUAUAAGACCAUUCAAUUUGGUUUCAAGCUGGCCUGGUGUCACUAGUCUAGGAGUUUCUUUUUCUGGUCUCAGCCAGAUUUGAACAAUACCCAGCUACUAAUUGUGAGGAUUGGUUCCCGCUCACUUCAUCCCCGGUCACUUCAUCCCCGGUCAUUUCAUCCCCUGGUCAUUUCAUCCCCUGGUCAUUUCAUCCCCUGGUCACUUCAUCCCCCGGUCAGUUCAUCCCCCGGUCAUUUCAUCCCCAAUUAAAUAUUUUAUAUAUAAAUAUGAUUAUGUAGAAUGCUUUCUUUUUGACAUUUUAUGACAUAUUACUAAUGCGUUUAUAGUGUUUCCUAUUCCACUUUGUAUUCUUAAUAAGAAAUCUAAUAUUAUAUGGUAAAUCUGGAUGUGUACUUAUCUAUAGCGUAAUGAUCAAAGGCCAAGGUGUAGUGCAAGUAGUGGGAAUCUUUUGAUAGAUAGAAGUGCGAUUAGAAUAAUUAUGACCUUGCCGCUGAUAACUUAUCAUCAAAGGCCAAGGUGUGAUGCAAGUAGUGGAAAUCUUUUGAGAGAUAGAAAUGCGAUUACAAUAAUUAUGACCUUGCCGCUGAUAACUUAUCAUCAAAGGCCAAGCUGUGGUGAAAGUACGACCAUGUUUCACUUUAUUUAAUUUUUCAAUCGCUCUUUCUUGAAAAUGGGCGAGUCAUUUUUAGCCUUGUAAUAAGGUUUAAUUUUUUUCUAGUAAAGGCGGACUUCCUUUUAAACAUUAAAGUUACAAAUUGUGUGAUUGUUCUUUAUUUCUAUCGAUAUUUCAUUUCUACAUGUAUAUGUCAGUAUGUAUUUUGUUUAUUGAUAUUCACUUUAGAUAUCGAAACUGGUGGGGGGCCUCUAGUUAUGUGGACAUACCCGUCAUGAUAAGGUUCUUAUAGCCUUAAAAUUUAUUGUUUGAGUGCUUAUUGGAAAUAAUCUUGCAUGUAUAUUUAGGGUGUGACUCUCUCUCUCUCUCUCUUUCUCUCUCUCUCUGUCAUUUAAAUAAAAAAGGAAUACAUUACAUAUUGCUCUUUUAAUGCUUUUUAAAAUUACAAUUUGUUAGAUAAAAUUAUCAGAUGAUGAAAAUAUCAGGGGAUGAAGUGACCGGGGGAUGAAGUGACUAGGGGAUGAAAUGACCGGGGGAUGAGGUGACCGGGGGAUGAAGUGACCAGGGGAUGAAAUGACCAGGGGAUGAAAUGACUGGGGAUGAAGUGACCGGUCACCUCAAGCUGGCCUGGUGUCACUAGUCUAGGAGUUUCUUUUUCUGGUCUCAGCCAGAUUUGAACAAUACCCAGCUACUAAUUGUGAGGAUUACAGUGUCAGUGCACUUCUUGUCCUACAGUUUAGUGAGGCUCUUCCUGGAUAAUACUAUUUUGUGUUUGAUACCUUUUUCACUAGCAUUUCACACUUGGUUUUGCCCAGUUCAAUGGGGGCAAUAGGUACAGUUAGAACUAUUGCACUGACAAAUUGCCAAAUGUAGUACUCAAGAAAAUAUAAAGAGGCACAUUAUCUCAUCUUAUAAAAUACAAACGUUACUUCAAAAAGAAGAUGAUUUUGUCCUAGGUGUGUCCCUAGAUCAAUCUAGUCAUGCAUGUUAACCAAUGACUUAAAUUCUUCUUAAAGUCCUUGUUUUUCCUGGCUGGCUCAAGCAACCCAUUCCAUGCUCUUAUAGCACUAGGGAAGAAGGAGCAUUUGUACACAUUUGUCCUAGCAUAUGGAACGAGGAAUGUGCCUUUAUCUUUGUGUCUCUGAGUAUUUUAUUAGUUUUUGUUUUUAAAGAUAAUGAUUCAUUGUUAUAUGUAUAAUUGCUACUUUAUAUUUCAUUAUUUAAUUGAUGGCGAGGCAAGAUUGUUUGCAGGUGAUAUGAUAAGUGUUGUCCAUGAAGGUGUUGCUUAUCCCAAGUGUUCUAUGAAUUAUUAAAAAAAAACUAAAAAAGGAAAUCCAAGUACAGCAGCUAAACAUAAUCAGAGUCUUAAACAUUAUCAGAGUCUAAAAGCAUUUCAUUAGAGAUGUAGACAGAGCUGAUGAAAACAUUGAUAUGCAUUGGGCAUGAUUCCCUGGAAAUUAAAUUCAAAUCCUCUGUUAUGUUUCGAACUGGCUUAAAAAAAUACAUGGCAACUGAAUAAGACAUCCUCCUGACUGUGGUGAAAAAGGAAGAUGUUCUCAACAGCACAACAAUGGUUCAUGUUAUGAUGACCUGAAUGUGAUAAUCAAACAGGAAAAGCACAGUGUGUGCAAUGUUAUGAAAAAACAAAACAUUUUGAUCUGAACAUUUUAUGCUCCCUUAUUUGUGAAAUGCUUUGCUGCAAAUCACAGUAGCAGGUACUUUUAUUUAUUGUUGUAGUGGAUUGCUUAGUGUUCUAAUUUUGGACACUUAUAACUCAAAAAAUGGAAUACAAUACAGCUUUUUUUUUUUUUUUUUUUCAAAUCCAUGUUUCUUAAAUUUUUUCUACAAAACAUAUGUGAAUUUCAUGCAGAAAAAUACUCAACCCAUUGCAACCUUUGGCAUAAAUGGGUUAAUAUUUAGUCCUAGAACAGUUCAG